CCACCUUCCUCUGUGUGUGUGUGUGUGUGUGUGUUUCCUGGUAACUGUGUGUGUCUUCUUCUCUUGCAAAUAUGAUGAGACAGACUCCUGCACCCCGGAAGACCACGGUCAGAAGGCCCAAGCAGCCCACCCGCUCCGCCCCAGGGAAGGGGGCUGCGUCCGGCUCGGCAUCGGCCUCUGCGGGGGAGAUGAGCAGCAGCGAGCCCAGCACGCCGGCCCAAACCCCUCUGGCUGCUCCGGUCAUCCCCACCCUCCACUCCCCUGGAAACCCCCCGCCACCGGCCCCCAGCAAGGAGGAGGAGGCGCUGCGUCUGCAGGUGAAGGACCUCGAAGAGAAGCUGGAGACGCUGAAGAUGAAGAGGACGGAGGACAAGGCCAAGCUGAAGGAGCUGGAGAAGCACAAGAUCCAGCUGGAGCAGCUGCAGGAGUGGAAGACCAAGAUGCAGGAGCAGCAGGCCGAGCUGCAGAAACACCUGAAGGAGGCCAAGAGGGAGGCUAAAGAAGCCCAGGAGGCGAAGGAGCACUACAUGGAGGAGAUGUCGGACACGGCGGAUGCGAUCGAGAUGGCGACGCUGGAUAAGGAGAUGGCGGAGGAGCGGGCGGAGUCUCUGCAGCUGGAGGUCGACUCCAUGAAGGAGAAAGUGGACGAGCUCACCAUGGACCUGGAGAUCCUCAAGCACGAGAUCGAGGAGAAAGGUUCGGAUGGAGCGGCCUCCAGUUACCAUGUGAGGCAGCUGGAGGAGCAGAACGGCCGACUGAAGGAGGCUCUGGUCAGGAUGAGAGACCUGUCGUCGUCGGAGAAGCAGGAACAUCUGAAGUUGCAGAAGCAGAUGGAGAAGAAGAACGUUGAGCUGGACGCCCUGAGGGGCCAGAAGGAGAAUCUGCAGGAGGAGAGGACGGCCGCGGAGAAGACCAUCGACGAGCUCAAAGAACAGGUGGAUGCGGCUCUGGGGGCGGAGGAGAUGGUGGAGAUGCUGACGGAGAGGAACCUGGACCUGGAGGAGAAGGUCCGGGAGCUGAGGGAGACCGUCACCGACCUGGAAGCCAUAAACGAGAUGAACGACGAGCUGCAGGAAAACGCCCGGGAGACGGAGCUGGAGCUGAGGGAGAUGUUGGAUCUGGGAACGGCAAAAAUCAGAGAGUCGGAGAAACACGUUGAAGCGGCGCAGGAGACCGUGGCCGAUUACCAGCAGACCAUCAAGAAGUACCGUGAGCUCACGGCACACCUGCAGGAGGUGAACAGGGAGCUGACCAGCCAGCAGGAAGCCUCCGCCGAGCUGCAGCAGCAACCGGCCCCAGAGAUGUUUGAUUUCAAGAUUAAGUUUGCAGAGACGAAGGCCUACGCCAAGGCCAUUGAGAUGGAGCUGAGGAAGAUGGAGGUGGGUCAGGCUAACAGACACGUCUCUCUGCUGACCUCCUUCAUGCCCGAGUCCUUCCUGCGUCACGGAGGAGAUCACGACUGCAUCCUGGUGCUGCUGCUCAUUCCCAGACUCAUCUGCAAGGCGGAGCUGAUCAGCAGGCAGGCGCAGGAGAAGUUCGAUCUGAGCGAGAGCUCUGCGCAGCGGGCCGGGCUGAAGGGAGCGGCCGGAGAGCAGCUGAGCUUCGCUGGAGGACUGGUCUACUCUCUCAGUCUGCUGCAGGCCACGCUGCACAGAUACGAGCAGGCUCUGGCUCAGUGCGGUGUGGAUGUCUAUAAGAAGAUCGGCACUCUGUACCCGGAGAUGAGCGUCCACGAGCGAUCUCUGGACUUCCUGAUCGACCUGCUGCACAAAGACCAGCUGGACGAGACCGUCAACGUGGAGCAGCUCACCAAGGCCAUCAAAUACUAUCAGCACCUGUACAGCAUCCACCUGGCGGAUCAGAGCGAGGACUGCACCAUGAUGCUGGCUGAUCACAUCCGAUUUACCCAGAGUGCUUUGGACUGCAUGUCGGUGGAGGUGGGGCGCCUGCGGGCGUUCCUGCACGCGGGCCAGGAGAAGUCGGGCCUGGCGGUGCUGCUGAAGGACCUCGAGACGUCCUGCAGCGACACCCGGCAGUUCUGCAAGAAGAUCCGCCGCAGGAUGCCGGGCACCGACGCUCCGGGGAUACCGGCAGCACUCAGCUUUGGACAACAGGUGUGCGACACGCUGUCAGACUGCAGGAAGCACCUGACCUGGGUGGUGGCGGUGCUGCAGGAGGUGGCAGCGGCCGGAGCUCAGAUGGUGUCUCCUCUCGGGGAGCAGGAGGGACUCGUUGCCGUCAAACUGGAGGACGUGGCCUUCAAGGCCGGAGAGCAGAUCUAUGGCUCUCAGGGCGUUAACACCUACGAUAGUCUGCGGCAGUCCUGUGGCAUGGUCAUAGCCACCAUGAACAAGAUGGCCACCGCCAUGCAGGAGGGAGAAUACGACUCAGAGAGGCCUCAGAACAAGAAUCCUCCUCCCGUGGAUCUGCGGGCGGCCGCUCUUCGGGCUGAGAUCACCGACGCUGAAGGUCUCGGCAUGAAGCUGGAGGACAGAGAGACGGUCAUCAAAGAGCUGAAGAAGUCUCUGAAGAUCAAGGGCGAGGAGCUGAGCGAGGCCAGCGUGCGGCUCAGUCUGCUGGAGAAGAAGCUCGACAGUUCGUCCAAAGACGCAGACGAGCGCGUCGAAAAGAUUCAGACUCGACUGGACGAGGCCCAGACGCUGCUGAAGAAGAAAGAGAAGGAGUUCGAGGAGACGAUGGACGCUCUGCAGGCCGACAUCGACCAGCUGGAGGCAGAGAAGGCGGAGCUAAAGCAGAGAAUCGGCAGCCAAUCAAAGGUCGGCCCCGACGGGCUGAGAGGAGCCUCGCCCUCAGGGAUCGCCUCCAUCGUCAGCGGAGGGGCCGGAGAGGAACAAAAAGCGAACAUGAUGUCGGCCGUCGGCUCGGCUUCAGGUCUGCAGGUGGUCGACUCCCCGCUGCUGAGUCAGCAGAUCGACGCUCAGAGACUCUGCAUCAAACACCUGAAGAACGAAAACAACCGGCUGAAGGCGGAGAAGAUGCGCGCUCAGCUGGCCUCUCUGCCCCCCCUCCACGUCACCAAACUCCCCUCUGGAGAGGGAGGUCGCCCUGAGGUUCUCUCCAGCGCGCUGUACCGCAAAACAGACCAGCUGCUGGGGACUCUGCUGCAGAUGAGCGCCAACGUGAAGGUGGUGGACAUCACCGGGAAGUCUCCAGUGACACCUGGUGCUCAGCUGCUGGAACAAACGGCUAGAUUACAAUCACUGAGCGACACUCUGGGCAGACUGAAGGAUGAAGUAGCAGAGCACGUCGUCCACCAGCAGCCUGGAGCUCGGGUCUCGUCUGAUUUCGCGACGUUCCCCUCAACUUUGUUUGUUAAAGUAAGAGCUGCAGACGCAUCGCAACACUUGUUGUUAUUUAGCAUUUGGUCUGGCGUUGGGAUUCAUAAAGGAGGGUUAACCAAAGCCUUAAGUUGUCACAGUGACUAUUUUAAAGCUGUAUCAUCAAUACCCAGUGUUUUUGACAACAAUAUCAAAUAUAGAAAAUAUACAACGCUUCUCCACCUGGACUACCCACACCGCUGUGACUACUGCACCAAGGGCUUUAGGAGGCCUUCGGAGAAGAGCCAGCACAUAGCCAGGCACCACAAAGACAUGUUGAUGUAA